UAAGCUAUCCAUUCCAAACCACUAAAGCAGAUCAAUGGCUCAUUCAUUAAAAAUUUUCUGCUGCUUCUUCUUCUUCUUCCUCUUCUCCACCCUCUCCAUCAUUCCAUUAUCCCAUCAACUCGAACAACACCCACUUGACUCACUAACUCCAAACGAGUUCAUCCGAGUUCAAGCCAUUGUUAACCAGUCACACCCCACCACCAUCAACGACAUAACCUUCCAAUACAUAGGCUUAAACGAACCAGAUAAACAAGCUCUCAUUUCAUGGCUACAAAACCAUCGCCCCACCCCCAUCACAGCUCCACCACCACGCCAAGCCUUCGUCAUUGCACGUAUAAACCACCAAACUCACGAACUCGUCGUCGAUUUAUCGUACGACAACAUUGUUUCCGAUCACAUUCACCACGGUUUCGGGUACCCUUUAUUCACUUUCCAAGAACAAAACGGUGCAAGCCAGCUGGUGUUCAACCAUGCACCCUUCCUGGCCGCCUUAAACAAGAGAGGGCUCAAGGUGGAGGAGGUCAUUUGCGAGACUUUCGCCUUAGGAUGGUUCGGGGAGACGAAGCAAAAUGUUGAUUUAGAAGCAAUGAAGAUCACACAUUUCCGGGAUAGGCUCGUUGUUCCGGUGCCGAAAGCCGCCGGAACGGAUUACAGAGAGUCCGAGCAAAAGGCACCCUUCGGACCGGAAUUGAAAGGGAUCACCGUUGUUCAACCGGACGGCCCAAGUUUCAUCAUUGAUGGAAGCAGAGUUAGGUGAGUACACUUAUGACGAUCCUGCUUUUGAAUAUUUUAUUUUCGGUUUAAUUGUGGUUUAGUCCCUCUACUAUAUUUAAAACUUGAAAUUUAAUCUUUUUACUUUAAUUUACUAUAA